AUGACCGUACCCACUCGGCAAACGCUGCAGUUCCCGCUAGAUUCCAGUCAGACGGACCCGCUCGUCUGGUCGGAGCCCCCCCGCAAGCGGAAACGCGUGAAGACGGGCUGUCUCACCUGUCGCGCACGCAAGGUCAAGUGCGACGAGACGCACCCGGUCUGUAAUAAUUGCGGCAACCUUGAUGUGGAGUGUCAAUGGGGCCAAGGACCCAGACGACAGGGAUCUACUACAUCUCUUUCCGAUCAAGCCGGUCGACCCUCCGCUCCCCGGACCAGAUCCGGGCCCCGUUCUCCCGCGUGCUUUACAUGUCGCUACGCGCGGUCCAGAUGCUCCAAGACACGCCCAUCGUGCACACGCUGUGCCAUCUACGGCCACGAAUGCAGUUACCCCGAGACAAAUAAGGGACGGUCGCUGACGUCCUCGGCCCAGUCUUUGAUGCAACGACUUCGAAGUAGUCACUCACCCUCGCCUGCUAUCUCCUUGGAAGAUGAGUCGACAACCAUUGCUCCUGUCUAUGACCGUUCUGUUGUAUCUCACCCCGAACUUCGCGGCGACGAAGACCGUGUAGGAUUCAGUUACGAAGCAAUACAGCAGAGCCUGGUGAUACAUACGGGUUUGGCUGAUAGAUAUGACGGGUUGAAUGCGCUCGGUCCUGAUACGGUGAACGAUGUUUUGUUGCCGACCCGUGCCGAUUCAAUCCUCAACCCGACCAGCCCCAGUGGAACCCAAGUGAAUAGGUCUAAUCUACCAUCGCACCUCACUUUGCCUAGUCAGGAUCGACUGGAGCGUCUUGCAGUGGCCUUUUUUCUUCACGUCCACGUCUACCGCGCCAAUGCUUUUCUCCACCGCGACCGAACGCUCACCGCCAUCCGCGAUGGGAGCUUGUCCAGAGCGAUUGUCCUCGCCCUUUGUGCUGUGGGAGGGAGAUUUGCCUUCCCUCCGGAGUCCGAAGAGAUAGUAAUGGUCUGGGCAGCAGAUGCAGGCAAUCAAAUCAUAGCAUCAACGGACGUGAAUAGAGACAACAUCGGGGCCUCCCUCCUGCUAACGAUCUACUAUCAACAGGCAGGUCAGUUUGCACAAUCGCAUCUCUGGUCCGGCAUUGCCAUGAACCAGGCAAUUACCCUCGGCUUUCAUCGCGAAGCCCCAUCCAGAAACCACACCUUCGCCGAGAGCGAACGCGAUCGCCGGUUAUUCUACGCAUGCUACGCGAUCAGUCGGUUCAUAUCUAACGGCUCACCGGAGUCAAUCCAGUGUCCUUCGUCUCGCAUCAGGCUCAGGCUACCGUGCGACGGCUUCAACUACCGGAUGGACGUAUUUGUAAAAACACCAUACGCCCAGUUGGAGGAGGCGGAGGGGCCUUCGGGGUCGUCCGCCACCCACCAAUGCGUGGGCGCCAUGGGUUUUUGGGUGCGCCUAGUCGGGGUCCGAACGAUGACUCGGCGAUACUUCCACACCCUCACUGAAAGCCGACAGCAGCCGCAAGAAGACGACAUACGAGCAUCGUCCGGGGGUAACUCAAGGGGUCCCAUGCUACUACCCUCACUAGCACCGUGGAGUCCCACCUCCCCCUAUGCAGCAUGCAUGGCCAAGCUAGCCAUAAUCCGAGAAUCACUACCUACCCUGUUUCAGCUCUCCCGCGACCGCGUGGCUCAACUCCACGAAUCGCCCGUCCUCGGCCAAAUAGUGCUGUUCUACCUGUGGUGGAACGAAUGCCACAUCGAACUGUGCAGCAUGGCGCUGACGGGGUACGCACAAUCCCUGGACGAGGAGACUCUCGCUACCGCCCCGGAUGGCUGGGUCCAACAGACGCGCCGGAACUGCUUGCGCCAUGCGCAGGCUAUUACUGAUGUGCUGGAACUCCUUGAACGGGAGCUAUCUGGGCAUGCGCUGACAAUCUACGACCAUACCAUCGCGCAUGUAGUUUACCUGUCCCUUCGAGUGCAGCUGGAAGUCGGACUCGUGGAUGAUGAGAUCGCAUCUCGUUUGACGAACCGAUUUGAGAUGAUGCUCGAGUUUGUGAAACGCACGAGUAAUUAUUUUCGGUCGGUUCAGCUCGUGCUCAAGGAGAUGCACCGCAUGCUCGCCGCCCAUGGAUUUCCUUGCAAGCAGCCCCAAGAGACCCAGUCUGGAGCCGAAACGCCCCCGUUGCCUUGGUUCCGCCGUCAAAAGAGCCUGGAUAGCCAACGGCUUGCAGAAAAAGCGGCUAUCGAAAGUAUAGACAUUGACGCGAUUCUUCUCGAUCUCUUGCCCGACUGCUCAUCAAUGCAUGGGACUACCGACUGGAUGCAAGGGCUUGAAGCGCGGGGCGCUGCUCUGUCACAGAUUCCCCCUCCAAGUGCAGAAUGGAACACUUCGAUUCCUGAUCUCUGGGAUCAACGGCCCACCAGUAGCUCCUCGGGCGGCAAGUGGUUUGGACAGUGCGAGGGUUGACUUAGAACCGGGUGUGAGUAUUUGCUCGUGGUAAUUGU